AUGAACGGGCAAGACGAAGUUACACAAGUCAUCUCAAUCGGCCUUAUUGUUGCCGGCUUUCUUCUCAACACUAGUCGAUUUCUAAAAGCCAUCGAGCUAUGCAAGGAAUGCUUGUUCAUUCUAAAAGACAAAGUCUGCAUAAACGACGAGAAAUUAACCAAAUCAUUCUACAAAAGGAUAUAUUUUAUAUUGUGGAAAGCUUGUAGUGGCAUCAGCGAUAACAAAAACGCAAUUAAAUAUGCAGAGAAACUUCUCCAAAUUUACUAUGAAAGUGGUGAAAGACUUGAGGAAUACAAGCUAAGCAUAACACUUGAGGAACUGUAUUUCCGUCAAAGUAAAUACGCGCAAGCGAUACAUCUCAAUGAAAAAGUAUUACUUAUCAGUAAGGAAAUUGGAGACAGAGUACAAGAAGCGUCCUGUUACGGAAACCUUGGAGCGGUGUAUGAAUCAGUUGGCGAAUAUGAGAAGGCUAGAGAGCAUCUCGAGAAAUCACUUGUGAUCCGGAAAGAAAUCGGUGACAGAAAAGGAGAAGCGGCCUCUUACAGAAGCCUUGGAAAUGUUUAUCGAUCAGUUGGCGAAUAUGAGAAGGCUAGAGAACAUCUCGAGAAAUCACUUGUGAUCCAGAAAGAAAUCGGAAAUAGACAAGGAAAAGCUGCCUGUUACGGAGACCUUGGAAUUGUGUAUCAAUCAGUUGGCGAAUAUGAGAAGGCCAGAGAGCAUCUCGAGAUAUCACUUGUGAUCCUGAAAGAUAUCGGAGACAGAAAUGGAGAAGCGGCCUCUUACGCAAACCUUGGAAGUGUGUAUCAAUCAAUUGGCGAAUAUGAGAAGGCUAGAGAGCAUCUCGAGAAAUCACUUGUGAUCCAGAAGGAAAUCGGAAAUAGACAAGGAAAAGCUGCCUGUUACGGAAACCUUGGAGCGGUGUAUAGAUCAGUUGGCGAAUAUGACAAGGCUAGAGAGCAUCUCGAAAAAUCACUUGUGAUCCAGAAAGAAAUCGGAGACAGAGGAGGAGAAGCUGCUUCUUACACAAACCUUGGAAAUGUGUAUCAAUCAAUUGGCAAAUAUAAUAAGGCUAGAGAGCAUCUCGAGGAAUCACUUGUGAUCCAGAAAGAAAUCGGAGACAAAAAAGGAGAGGCUGCUUCGUACGCAAGCCUUGGAAAUGUGUAUCGAUCAGUUGGCGAAUAUGAGAAGGCUAGAGAGCACCUCGAGAAAUCGCUUUUGAUCCAGACCGAAAUCGGAGACAGAGAAGGAGAAGCUGCCUCUUAAGCAAACCUUGGAAGUACGUAUCAAUCAAUUGGCGAAUACGAGAAGGCUAGAGAGCAUCUUGAGAAAUCACUUGUGAUCCAGAAAGAAAUCGGAGACAGAACAGGAGAAGCGACCUCUUACGGAGGCCUUGGAAGUAUGUAUGGAUCAAUUGGCGAAUAUGAGAAGGCUAGAGAGUACCUCGAGAAAUCACUUGUGAUCCAGAAAGAAAUCGGAGACAGAACAGGAGAAGCGACCUCUUACGCAAGCCUUGGAAAUGUGUAUGCAUCAGUCGGCGAAUAUGAGAAGGCUAGAGAGCAUCUCGAGAAAUCACUUUUGAUCCAAACCGAAACCGGAGACAGAGAAGGAGAAGCUGUCUCUUACACAAACCUUGGAAAUGUGUAUCAAUCAAUUGGCAAAUAUGAGAAGGCUAGAGAGCAUCUCGAGAAAUCACUUGUGAUUCAGAAAGAAAUCGGAGACAGAAAAGGAGAAGCUGCCUCCAAAACAAACCUUGGAGCGGUGUACAUAUCAGUUGGCGAAUAUGAGAAGGCUAGAGAACAUAUCGAGAAAGCACUUGUAAUCCAGAAAGAAAUUGGAGACAGAGAAGGAGAAGCUGGCUCUUUCCUAAACCUUGGAAGUACGUAUCAAUCAAUUGGCGAAUAUGAGAAGGCUAGAGAGCAUCUUGAGAAAUCACUUGUGAUCCAGAAAGAAAUCGGAGACAGAACAGGAGAAGCGACCUCUUACGGAGGCCUUGGAAGUAUGUAUGGAUCAAUUGGCGAAUAUGAGAAGGCUAGAGAGUACCUCGAGAAAUCACUUGUGAUCCAGAAAGAAAUCGGAGAUAGAGAUGGAGAAGCUGUCUCUUACGGAGAGCUUGGAAGUGUGUAUGAAUUAGUUGGCGAAUAUGAGAAGGCUUUAGACUACUGUGAAAAAUCACUGACCAUCAGUAGAAGAAUUAGUGACAGACAUCAAAUAGCUUUGUUAUACCAACACCUGGGAGUGAGAUAUUUAUCUUCUGGAAAGUAUAGCAAGGCUAAUGAAUACAACAAGGAAGCUUUUGCCAUCUUUACACACAUGGGUAACAGUAAAGGGGUGGCCAGAUUUUACGUGAACCAAGGACGUGUUGAGCUGGCUGUAGGUAACUCAAUCAAGGCAAAAGAAUAUUUUGAAAACGGUCUUGCGAUAAGCAAAGAAAUUGGAGACAGGGCAAUAGAAGUACGUUGUUACUUAUCGCUUGGACAUCUGUUUUUUGCGCAGUCUGAAUAUGAUAGAGCGGAAGAAUAUAUCAAGGUGGCACUUGCAAUAAGUGAGAAGAUUGGACUAAUUGCGAUGCAGUCCUCUUCGCUUGAGAUAUUGGCAGACAUUAGAAUGAAAGAAGGAAAGAUUCAGGAGGCUAUCUCGUAUUUCUUUUCUGGUAUUGAAAAAUGUGAGGAAAUGCGCGGCUCCCUCCGCGACAACGAUCAAUUUAAGAUUUCCUUUUCUGAUCGCAAUAUUCGUUCUUACAGAGAUCUCAGUAUGUUGCUUUGUGAAAUCGGGAAUCAUACUGAAGCUCUUUAUGUUUCAGAGCUUGCAAGGGCCAGGGCUUUGGCAGAUUUAAUGUCAGCUCAGCAUUCUGUGUAGAAUAAAAUCUCUGCUAAUCCUCGAACUUGGGCUGGUCUUGAAGGCAUCGUGGGCAAAGAAUGUAACUGCACCUGCCUGUACGUCUCAUAUCAUUCUGACAGCAUUUAUUUGUGGACUCUUAAAGCAGGCGGAGUCACAAAUUUCCAGAAGAUAACAGGAAAUGACCUUAUUGCUCGGGAAGGAUUAAGUCAGCGUUUGGAUGCGUUUUUUGAUUUCAGAAGUUUUGGUGUUUUACCAGAGGAGCUUUGUCAAAACCAAUCUUUACACUGUUUUCAGCCAGAAUCCAAAACAAAAGAGGAAGACAGCCAUGGAGGUUGGCGAAUUGGAGAGGAAAGUAAAGCUAACCAAGGACCCAAAAUGAACCUUGCUAUCUGUUACAAACUUAUCAUCGCUCCUGUGGCGGGCUUUCUUGAGGGCCCUGAAAUCGUCAUUGUUCCUGAUCGUGCUUUAUACCAAAUUCCAUUCGCCGCCUUAACUGGUAAAAGCGGAAAGUACUUAUCAGAGACUUUCAGGAUCCGUGUUGUUCCUUCUUUAACAACUCUCAAGCUCUUUAAUGAAAUUCCAACAGACUAUCACUGCCAGACUGGUGCAUUGAUAGUGGGAAAUCCUGAUGUUGGUGAAGUGCAUUUCAAAGGAAAACUCACGAGUAUUUCGAGACUACAAUGUGCCGAAAACGAAGCUAAGAGGAUAGCAAAAAAGCUAGGUGUCGAGCCUUUGAUAGGACAGCAAGCGACUAAGGAAGCAGUGCUUCAAGCUAUGAAUUCAGUGGCCCUGAUUCAUAUCGCCGCACACGGUGAUGCUGAAAGAGGAGCAAUUGCCCUUGCACCAUCUUUUCGUCAUCCCAACGGAAUACCUCAAGAAGGACUGUACUUAUUGACAAUGGCGGACAUUUCAAAAGUUCAACUGCGAGCUAAACUGGUAGUCCUUAGCUGUUGCCACAGUGCUCGUGGACAGACAAAAGCCGAGGGAGCUGUUGGAAUUGCCCGAGCAUUCUUAGGGUCUGGCGCACGCUCAGUGUUGGUGGCACUGUGGGCCCUGGAUGACACAGCAACGGAGCAGUUAAUGAGUCAUUUCUACGAUCACCUGUUGGCUGGGGGAAGUGCUGGUGAAUCUCUACACGAGGCCAUGAAGUGGAUGAGAAGUGAAAGCUAUAACGUGAACCAGUGGGCACCUUUUAUACUGAUUGGAGAUGACGUGACAUUUUAUUUUGGAAAAAAAGGUGUUGGCAAGGAUGACCAGGACGGCAGCGAGUGAUCGCAUGAGAAGAAAAAUAUGCCAUGACCUCACCGGUCCCUUCAAAUUCUAGAGCUAAGUUGCAUAUCAGAAAUAAAUCGAUGUUUAAUAUUUGGCCUCAGUAGAAAUUUUACGCGCUAACCCUUGAAGUUUUGUUAAAUAUUCACUUUUUUAGAUGAAGCCGUUGCUUCUCUUGCAAGUAUAAAAUCAUUUCUCUAAGAUAUUUUAGGGAAAAAAAGACUUGAAACGUAACCGGAUACUGCAGUGUACAGCCAGGUGUUGAGUGUUGCUGAAUGAUGAUAGAAAUUGUUCUGGUCUCUGCUGCGAGGAAAAAUAAGGAGUGCAAUACAGAACUAGGGGCGUUAUUUGAGUUGUAUACAUAUUGUUUCGUUUGGCCAAUCAUGAAGACCCUUGUAAACGGUGCAGGUCGGCCCUGAGGUUUGAUUGACAAACUUAGUGUUUCACAUACCAGCGAGACUUGUUAAUUUUUUUACAAAUGUUGUAUAUAAAAAUUCUCACACUUAGUAGCAAUUGUAAAAAUAGCUAAAUUGAAGAAGUAGGAUUUUAAAGUAAAAUAGUGUCAGAAACAACAUGCAUUUCCUUUGCCAUUGUUUCAUUUUUGACCCGUUUUUAUGCAGAACAUCUAGGUUUUGUUAGUAUUUUCAUGUAUCAUAGUUUUUUUACAAGGAAGAAGAGCUUUCCAUUUUGAAAUUUUAUCAAGCAUUAAGUGGGUAUGUCCAAUUAAUUACCAAAAGAAAUAUUAAGAACAUAAUUAGCAUUUUGAAUUUUGUUGAACACUGUGCAUGGUUAAUUUGCUGUUUACCAUGCAGUAAAGUUUACAGAUACCUUUGCAAAUAGUGCGACUGAAAGAACGUUUACUUGAUAGUUAAAUUACAGUGACAUGAGAAAUUGUUCGCAUUAUACUUAUCACAAUUAUCCUGAACAUUGCACUUUUGUAAAAUAAGAAGAACUUUUCUUCUCUAAAGGCAUAUACUACUUAGGAAAAAUUAACGGGCCUACUGUUUUUUAAUUUUAAGUCUAGAGGAGUCAAUUAAAACUGUAAGUAAUUUAAAUCUCAGCUCCAGUCCAUUUCUGUAGACUUCUUCUCAGAUAUAUUAGGUUCUGGACAAAAAACAACUGCGGCGUCGGCGGGACCUGAAGCUUGCUAAUUGUCAACUUCAAGUUGAUAAAAGUAAAUUAACUGCUCUAGCUACAUACACUAUAGAAAGUUGACAUUUCGAGAGCUGACCUUUCCUUUAUGGUAGCAAGAUCCGGUCAUUAUGGUAGCUGUGCGUUUAGAAUUCGCUAUGGCGGCUCAUUUACUUUUUUUCAACUCAAGUUGAAGUUUUUAGGUAAGUAUUGCUUAAACGUGUCAACAGUUUUAUACAUGGAUUUUUUUCCUUUUAGUUGAAUGUUCUUUGCUCAUUUGACUAGGAGUGGUAGGGUGGAGGGAAGAAAAGCUGUAUAUAUAUUCCAUUGUCCUCUGCCUGAUUACGGUAAAGAAACGCUGCUGUGUAUUAAAUUUCGCACGCUCUCGUUGAAGGGGAGAAACGGCGAGAAAAAUGCCCUUAAAUUUCCAUUGCGCUGUGACUAACUACCCGAGUGAGUAAGACUAAAACCAGCAGACUCACUCGGAAUUACCUCUUUCCAACAAGAAAGUGAUGACUAUUGACACUAUGUCAUAUAAUAAACGCGUUUUUGGUAAACAUUGUUCGGUCAGGCAGGCUGGAUGUUAGCCUCGUUAAUUUUUGUGUUUUUGGAUCUCGACGCAUAGACGGCGCAGAGAAGAACUUGGCCAAUAUCCGCGGCCAUCUUGACCUCAUGCCUUGUCAAUAACCAAUAUAACCGUUUGUUUUGGGCCGUUAUUUUUUUGUCCGAGGACUGGGUGUAUUCAUCAUAAAACACCUCACCGAUAGUUCUAUACAGAAAUUAAUUCAUGCCAAUAACUUUUACCCAAAUUGAUAUCGAAAUUUACAGUUGCAUACGAAGUAAACGCUGUUAUCGAGUGAAAUUCAUACACGUUUAGCUUGGUCAGUUCCUAGCCUGAAAAUUUUGAAUCAUUGUAUAGCGUGUUUCGACGUUUUUAAUGUAAAUUGUAAUACACGAGCUAAUGGGAAAAACACACUUCGGGAGGUUUGCCGGUCCUUGUGGUGCAUGCUGCGCGAGAUAUUCAUACACUAUUUUAUUAACCGCGCGGCCAUGGGCCGAGCGCGGUUCAUGUUCUACCCUUGGUUUAUUUUUUUUUAUUUUUUUUUUAGUCGGAGACCAGACGCAGAUCUCCACUCGGCCAACUUUGAAUUACGCAAUCUGUAAUGUUUACUCGCCAAACUUUGUUUCUUCAGGGUCAA